AUGACAUUCUCCACUGGAAGAGGUGGUGCUGGUAACAUGCAAUACUCCAAAAACAUAACAUCUGAAAAUAAUCAUAUUAAACCAGUUGCAUCAAACCAUGGUUCACAUCAAAACCCUAAUGGCCAAAGAAAUGAUCAGCAAAUACCACAACAAUCUACAUCUGAACACAAUAGCAUUGAUAAUAAAGGAGAAAGAGUCUACUAUUCUACAGGCCGCGGCGGAGCAGGAAAUAUCCAAUCAUCUAAGUCGUUGCCUUCGCCAAAGCUAGUUCCUCAAGGAUCUAAUACUCCACAAUUACAUACAAAUAAGAUUUCUACUGGUAGAGGAGGGUAUGGUAAUAUGUUGAAAAAUGACGAUCCCGAGCUAACACGCAAAGUACAAGAUGUGGAUGGGCCAUCGAAUACGUCGAGAGAAAAUGACUUGUAUGCCGUUGCGUCCAAUAAGUCAUUUUCCAUAGGCAGAGGAGGAUUCGGCAACGUUAUGUCAAAUCAAAGAUCCGGCAAUAGCCAGUCCAGUCAAGAGAAGCCAGCUUUGAUGGCUAUAAGUAGCUAUGGCGAAACGUUGAAAGAUGAGCCAUCGAAGAAGAGUUUCUUUGGCAAAUUGAAGGGCUUGUUCACUAGCGAUUAG